AGAAAACCGCUAAGAAGUCUAUCUACAGAAUCGCAGUUGGGAAGUAACGGGUUACAUUAUAGGAUUGAUCCCGUCAUUGCACACAAUGCAUGAUGUGUACGGUAAACAACUUCUUGAUUCCCUCCAACUUAAAUCGCUGUAAGGAUAAUGGCGGUCAACGACAUAUUGUACAGCAACUCUAUCAUCUGGAUUAUUGUCAUUCCCGCCAUCGCUUUUGAAAAUAUCGUCUGCCUUCUUGCCAUAUCAACUCGUAAGCGUUGGAAGAGCCCGGAUGUCCUGCUGUUCUCGCUCAUUUUGGCGCACUUUUUCACGCUGGUAUUGCCUUUAUUGCUCUAUGCGGCCGUUAUUAUUGGCCAGGAACCAUGGGAGGAGAGCGCCUGUAAAUUCCUCGUGUGGUGCGUGAUAAGUUUUAAAAUUGUAAACUCUUUGCAGAUUUGUUUUCUUUCUAUGGAUCGUGUGUGGACCUUGAAGUGGCCGAGCUCUUACCGGAUCCACAAUACAGCUAAACAGAGCAUGAGGACGGUUUCGUUUAUAUGGCUAUUCGGACUUUCAAUUGGGACCAUACCUUUGUUAGUUUGGCCAGUCGAUGAUUCCAAGAUAACUUUAGGAUGUAGCGUCAUCCCAAACAUUGGAGGCUACGUUUACUCGGUGUGUAUCGUUGUGAUUAUCUUAGGGAGCUUCGCUGUAGGAACGGCUUCAGUCACGUCUAUCAUCGUCGAUUUGUUCUUCAGGCAGAUGCCGCUAGAGGGCGCACAGGGGCCGGAAUUCAAACAGUCAAUUCCGGAGAUCGUCAUAGAGAGUGAAACGGGUGAAAGGACGUCAGCCGUGCAGGGGUCACGUGAGACACAGAAUCGGCAAAUUUGCAUAUUGGUAUCAAUCAUGGUGACAGUGGAGUUUUUUGUAAACGGCAUUCCAUUUGUGGUAAUCAGCAUGGUUGCAUUGACGAGGGAUGAGCCCCAGAAGGAUUGGAUGCCAGCCAGCAUCAUGUGGUGUGCCAUAAGUGUCACUCUUCUCAACCCAAUCCUGCUAUGUCUCAUAUGUCAACGAUACCGGAAGAGCUAUACUAAGCUUGGGAUGUGCCUAGCCGAGGCGUGUGGAUGCUCAGACAGCAGCGUGACAGACACUACAGUCGGAGGUAUUCAGCGGCAGGAUACCAUUGACUCUUUGGAUAACUUCUCAGAUGAUGGGGUUGACUAUGGGAACCAUUACCCCAACUUCAGCGACCUCUCAUUCUCAAUUGACAUGGACGAUGAACAUGCCUUGGAGUACGGCAUUACGUCAUCAAUGGACCGUGAUAUGCGAAGCUUCGACCGGGAUCAAGAAUCAUUAGAUUUUGAUAACGAGGCUUAUAUUCUCGAGGAAGAUGGCGGAAAGAGUAAGAGCAAAUCCAUGUCCUCGAAAGAGAGGCGAGCUCAGUGGCUCGCUCAUAAGGGACCAAGAAGGAAUCAAUCACAGGGAAGUGUGGAUAACAUGUCAUCUAGGGAUAGUUUCAGCGAUCAGUUCCUGUCUGUUGACAGAGCGGAUAGCCUCCGGAACCAUCACCGAAAACUGCAACGGAAUGCACGACCACGUGAUCAUGUUUCCGGAAGGAAAGGCAAGCCGAGUGACGACCCGAACGAGCAGACCGUUCAUACGGUCAUGGUUGAUAUUGAAAACGGUGGGUUAAAAAGUUCCGGGUACAAAACAGACUCCGAUAAAACUGAACGGAGCAAACCUAAGCAUGGAUUAAGUGGCAAUGAGGAGCAGGACCAUCACAUCCGGAACGGCACCCUUGUCACUUCUCAGAGCUGUGACGCAACUAUGUCGUCACACGAUCAACGUACGAAGAAAAAACGGAGGAGUUCGGUUCCCUUAGAAAAGGAAGGCAGCGCGUACAGUGUGCAGAUAUCACCGGUCAAAGGUCAAAGCACUACGGAGGGUCAAGGUGCGAAGUCAAGUCGGUUUGAUUUACGGGAUAUGUCUGGUAAGCAAGGAUCUGGAGACUUGUACGAUAUUCCGGAAGAGGAUUCUGAGGAAAUACAUGACGCCGGCUCAACGCACACACCAAUCCAUAAGUAUCUUUACAACAGUAUUAUGAGUGACCAAAACGAGGAAGAGUUCAUUCCGGACAAGCCUUUUGCACAAAACUACGCUUCGCCAAGUAUUACAACGAAACAAGGAAAGAAACAAAAGAGAAAAUCAAAAGACAAGAAACGAUCUAAGAGGAGCCCUGUGAAACACUUAGACAGCGAUGCAGACGGAAGCGCCCUCUCGCAGGAAGAUCAGUGGCUUAAAAAUGAGAUUCUCAAGGAGGAAUCUUCUGGGUUUUCUGCGUUUAACAGUAUUAUGAGUGAUACUGAUACGGAAGACGGUGCCAUGUCAGAACACAGUGAGUAUAUAACAUCAAGGGAAAGUAGCAUAGUGUCGAAAAUAGACGCUUUUCCAUCCAUUGAUGCAUCAAUUGAGUAUGACAUGGACAUGAUCGUCAUCGAACAAGUCAAUGCUCGACCGGCGCCCCAAGCGUCAUUAGAUGGAAAGGAUUGUCCUGAAAUGCCAGACUCUGUUCCUGAUCCUAAAACGCCAGUUGUUGAAUCACCUGAUGAGCUCCCGAAGGCUCUCGAGCCACACGAAAAUGGCGUCGAGAUUAAAGUCUCACAAGAUCCACAGCACAACGAGUCUGUUCAAAUAGGCGACAAGAGUGAUCUAUCAGAAACACGAGACUUCGUGUGUGAUUUCGCGUGUAGCGAUGACUCAGACGCCAAAUCGCGAGAAAACUCACGAGAUCAGACUGAUGACAACAGCAGUAUGGAGAUGACAGACAUGGCAAAGGUAAAAGAAGCCCUAUCGAACAAAGUCAACGGUGGGGGCGACAGUUGGGUGAGCCAGGCACGGCGACCUCGGGCUAACUCGGCCGGGGCGGGCAGGACAUCGGCGAAAGACAUGCGGGAAAGAUACAAAAGAUCACGGUCGGAGAGGAUCAUGAUGGAGCCCGUCGCCUCGGACUCGUCCCAAGAAGUUUUAUAUUUAUGAUCUAUAUUAAUAUGAGUAAGGGACUUUUCGAAAACACGGCUUCGGCUUUGGAUUCGGCUUCAGGCUCCGUACGAAGCCCUGAGCCCAUACGCAAAGCACGCGCAAUAUUGUCAAAAAAACGCGGGCCAAGCUAGACCUGGGCCAAAUCUGGAGCCGAAGCCGUGGAUUCGAAAAGGGCCUGUGUCUGCUUCGUUUCUAUUCAAGUAAUACUGUCCAAUCCAUGCGAAUCUCUCUGGGUGCUAGUCAGUGAACUUACCAUGUUAAACAGGUUAUAAUCUCAAAACUGUGUGUAUGAAUAAUUAUAUCAAAUCCUACUUUAUAAUUAUCUCACCUUUACGCAUUGAAAAGCACUAAGCACGACUAAAGAAAUCACGUUUUUGUUUACAGACGUAGACUAUGAACUUCAUUCAUUCAUCAUAUUAUCAUCAAGCUGACUAUUAUUGUAUAUUAUUAAUUAAUAUAUCACGAUAGCCUGAAAUACCAGUUAUUGGUUGUGUGUGAAUUGCCAUUCUAACGUAAAACGCCAUGCCAUAAGCCUGCUACAUUUUUAAACAAAAUAGUUAAAUAUAUAAUAUAUAAAUAUAUAACAGUCGUUUAUAACUGCAUUGAAUGAACAAUUUAUGAUACCUGCAUAUUUGACAUUUCAAAUGAUAAUCGCACAAUAAAAUGUAGAUGAAGGUCACUUCAAUAGUGUGCGAUGUUUGUGACAAAUUAUUGACGUCCCACAAAAGAUGCAAUCUAAAUUCAGUACUCUCAGAUAACGUAAAAAACACGUUAUCAUCGGGCUGUGUUUAAGGAUUUUGUACAAACACUAUCUCGUGUAAUCUUUUGACGUUGAACGUUGAAGCAGUUAAAGGUGCACCACUAUUUGACUUUCAAAAUAAUUCUAUUCAUAUUUUCUUUUCCAAUAACAUUCCUUACUAACAAGCUGACAUAAGGUGUACUGUGCAAGCGCUUAUCAAAUAAUAACAAAACGUUAGUUUACCUUGAUUGGGACGCUGAUGGAACGCUAUUCAAGUUAAGUUUGUCAUUCUGCAUGUGAGCUUUGAAUUUGUUAUCUUUCAUAAUCGUCUAAUCGUUGAAGUAUUGAACUAUUUUGUAACUUGUCCUUCUAGUGAGUCACUAAGUGCAUAUUUUGAAAUAAGACACUGAUCGACCUAAAUGUAAUAUUCAUGAGAGGGGAGCAAUUAUAGUUUGAUAAUUACCUCAAGGUCUGUCAAUACACGGGUAUCUCAGAGGGUUCGUACAUUGGUGUCUCCUUCAGCUACUGAUAUUUGAUAUCGCCAUACAAUAACUCCCUGAAGAUCUGCACGUACAUAUUCGAAGGACACGUUUCUGAUGUGGGCGAGUUAGUCUAUGAAAAGCAUUUGAAACUGUAAAGACGAAUAUAAUGAUCCACAAAAAUGAGCUUCUAAAUUGCAUGGUUUUCAUUUUACGCCUUGAACUGACACUGCACGCCAUCACAAAAUAAUGUUUUACUCCACAAAAUGGCUGACCGUGCCACUGAGCAAAGUAAAAGCAUAACCACGCAUUUUUUGGCAUAUUAUGUUUAUUGUUAUUGUGAAUAGCACAUUGUUCUAACCGUUUGGUUGUCAACGAAGAAAUUCGAAAGGGUUGGUACAAUAGAUGAAUAUAACCAAUUCUAUUUUCAGGACGAAGUAUUUACAUGAUACAAAUGUUGAUUUGCACUUUAAGUGUGAGCCCAACAUUUAUUCAACAUUGACCACUGGGCAAGAUCAUUUUAGCCAUGUGAACUUUUGUUUUCGGAGAUAUAAACAAGAUUAAAAACAGGUACUUGUUGUUGUGAUACUACAUUUAUGGUUGUUUUUUUAUUACAUUUAUGGUUGAUAUUACAUUUAUGGUUUUUAUUACAUUUAUGGGUGAUACAGUUGUCACUUUAUUUAUUACAAGCUUGAACUUUGUAGAGAGUAUUGUUAACCCACAUGUACCUUUUCUAGAAAACCACAAUAUUGAUAAAAAAAAAAAUGCGAUAUUUUGUAUUCCUUUUGUUCUUUCUUCAAUUUUAAUUAAUUGACUCAAACUUUGCAGGGUAUGUCGAGACGUCUAGGAACCAAUCAAGCCAUAGAGUGUUUCUAUUCAUGUGGCAGUAAAUGUAACUAUAGUCUGUGACUAUCAUCAAUGUAAAAGCUCAGCACAUGGUACACCGCACCUUCUUAUUUGUUUUUCAA